AUGGCCAAUCUCCCAUUCCAAUUGUCGCUCCAGACAGCCCAGGGCGAAUGCCCACCACUAUCUGCUCAAGUCCCAUCGAAUCUCACGCCACCGGUGACUCCCAUAGCCAAGGAAAGGCCCCCGAGAUCAACUCUAAGCCCAUUCCAAGACUCCAAGGCAAAGCAAACGCCGUCUAUUUCCAAGGACAAUGUGGACACUCUGCAAUUCACCGACGACCUCGAAAUCUGCCACGACGAGAACAACCGCUCCCUCGAGUUCGGCCGUGGCGUAUGGAGCAUAGUAUACAAAGCGCGCUCAUUGCCACGCACCCAAACCAAUCUCCUAGGCACACCCCCAAGCUCCCCAACCACAAGAUCACAAGUGCUAGCCGUGAAAGCACCAUUGCGCCGAGAUGCGCGCCCAGUCCUGAACGCCGAAGCAUCAACCCAAACCCGCCUCACAUUCACCCAAGGCCACGAACAAUACAUCGUCCCCUUCCACGGCUACCACGCCGAGCUAGGCGCACUAGUAAUGUCCGCCAUCCCAAGCUCUCUGGCAACAUACAUCGAAGACCAAUCCAAGCUCGCGCGCACCCGCCAGCCCGCAACAGCAACAAUGUUCGAGCCCGUCCAGGGCCCAGCCUCGUACCAGCGGCUCGCGGGCAAGCUAAUCGCCGGAUUGAACUGGCUGCAUCAAGUCGCUGGCGUUGUGCACGGCGAUAUAAAACCACACAACAUCCUCCUCCGCCCUAUUGACACAGAUGGCUGCAGCGAUGCACUCGAGUUCCCGUUCGAGCCUCUCUUCGCGGAUUUCUCCGCCACGGUAGAUAUCCCCGCGCACGCGGAUGCGCCGGUCGAUACGACCCGCGCGUCGAUGUCGUCGUUCACGCCGCCCUUCACGGCGCCGGAAAUGCUUGCUUCGCUCACGUCAAUGGAGAUGGCGCCCACGCCUGCGUCGGAUGUCUUCUCGCUGGCGGCUACGCUGCUUGCGGUUGCAACGGGUGAUUUGUUGCUUUAUCCUAAUAUGAAUCAUCGGUUGCGGUUGGAGAUGGCUAGGUCUGGGCAUCAGAUCAUUGAUUUCGCCAGGUCUGGGAUGAGUGGGAGUCGGGUUCCGAGGAAUGGGUUUGUUGAGCGGGUUGUUAAACCGGCUGUUGUUAAGGAUCCUGCGAUGCGGAUUAAGACGCCCGAGUGGGUGGAGCUUGCGUCUGCUUGA